AUGUUCAGGAAGAUCAAUAAUGCGCUCCGUCCCAACCAUGGGCACAGGGCUCGUGAUGGCGGUCCGUGGUCCGAGCAGGACUACCACAGCGCGUGCACCGUCAAGCUGGUGCGUAGCACCUCCAUGCUCGUGGUGGGCCAGAGGAGGCAGUCAUCCGUCAACUCCACACUGAAGCGGAGCAAAAGUUCUGUGAACGUAGAGUCCACCACCGCCUUGUAUUAUUACCAGAGGCAGGAGGACCGGAUAUGGCUCUACUCUCAGAACCAGAACUGCCUGGAGUAUUUGGAAGAGCUGGUGGCAUUGAGACGGCAGUACACGAGGAGCGUCAACAACUUCAAAAGCAAUGAGACGAAGGCCACAAUCUCCCCCAAGAAGAAGCCGGCGCCUCCACCGCCCACCUCCAAGGACGCACAGGUAGAAAGGAUUUGUGAAACACUUAAUGGCUAUGACCUCACCUCAUAAUUAUCCUUGUGCCCUAACUGAAAUUGUUGAACCACUGAAUGCCUUCUGCUAAAGAACACAAUAGACAAUCAUAUUCUCUCUUAUGUUUGUUUUGUGUAUUUUGUUAAGAUUAUGAGGACCAAACCGUCUGCCCCUCCAAUCCCCAACGAGGAGGACACUCUGGACUUCUUUGACGCUGUCAUCGCGAGCUGUGACCCUGAGCCCACUCGCAAGCCCCAUGUAGACAAUGGGCACGCUGACGUUGACUUCAUUGGUGAGUUGUGUUUUGGUUAGAAGUAUGAUCAAGUUGCAUAAACAGUGAGGACAGUGGACAGCUACCUGGUGCUAAUAUAGAGACAGUGGACAGAUACCUGGUGCUGAUCUAGAGAUACACAGCAAAUGCUCCAGUGUUAAAUCAACACUGACAGUGUUAAAUUUAAAACUGGGCCAGUGUCUAUAUGGGUCCACACUUUUGAGUGUUAAAGGUCCCGAAUGGUCAUUUUGAUUCCCAUGUAAAAUAACCUUUUGAGUAGCCAUCCAACCUUUUUAUGUGAGUAAAGUACGUCAGAUAAAAAAAUGUCAUGACUGGUCUGAUGGAAACAUAAAUAUUUUCUGUAAACUUUCCAAAUGUCGACAAAACAAAAUACGCUAGACAAGGUGGUUUCUUUUUGUGUCGGUAGAAUGAUGUACGCGAGAAAUGUCGGUGGAAACGCUUUAUGCGCAAAUAUUGAUACUGAUACUGUAAUAACCAUCAUAUCGAAGUAAACUUGAAGUCACGCAAUGAGAUGUUGUGUGGUCCUCCCACUAGGACUCGUCGGGAAAGCAUGCAGUUUAUUAGGCUACAGAUGAAACAAGUUAUGAUGAACAUCACAGGGUGGUGAAAGUGAAAGGUGAUGAGCUUGAUGCUCCUUUCUAAUAAAUAUCGAGGGUCUUAUUCUGGUGACAUGAUCAUCGAUGCUUGGCUGCCAGUUGACAAAUAAUAAUAAUCUCAUCAUCUCAUCAUGUAGGCUAUAUGUUCACUGUAGCCGGUUAGAAUGCACGUACCAAUACCAGAGUGGGCACACUCAUAUAACGCACAUUUUCUUUGUGAGGAAACAUGAGUAGAGUUGAAAAUGCAUUGGAAAACCAUUUAACUUGUAUUUUUUUAUUCGGUACAUGUGAAUUUAACCAAAAACGGUAUUUUUUAUGUGCACACAUCAUCACGCAGAGUCUUUUAUCUGCAACAAGUCAAUUUGAUGGAAACACAUCUCUGGUGGGAGAAUGUGCAUACUGUUUUAAUGCGGAUUUUUGAAUAUUCGCAUGAAAAUCUGUUGCCAAUUGGAUGGAAACCUAGCUCUAAAAUAUCACCCCGAAUAUUUUGGGGGGUAGAAAUGCUCAAAAUUACAGAAAAAGUCAUCUUUCUCUCAUGGCUAACUACCAGGAAGUUUGAAAAGACAGGCUGAGUGGGCAGGGAGGUUAUAUUCAUGAGCUCACCUUUACUGACAACUCUUUGGAAGGACUAUAUCAAAAAAUCUUGGACGCAGUGAGCAGUUAAAUCAUCUCAAGCAAAUUUAGUGAUACACAAAGCAAUUUAAACAACGUCGAAAUUGCAUCAAUCAUGUCAAUUUUACAUCUCCCGUUUGACAUGUCUUUGUGAUGCGGUUCACAGCAGCACUGACAGAUGAAAGGGGAAACAUAAGUGGCAGACGACAUGCUCAAACUAACAUAACCAUAGACCAAUUAAACUGGUACAACACUUCCACUUGCGGGUGGCCCAAAAAAACCAACUAAUUGAAAGCCCCCCCAACACGAAGCCACGCCCCAAUAUAAUUUCCCAGUGUGCCUUUUUGAGUGAAUUGUAGAGUUACGAUCAAUGACUGUAUUUGUUAGUGACAGAGACAUGGUUGUUGAAUUCAUUCAUUUUCUGUCUUGUGGACUUCACCAAGUGAGUUCCUACUGUAGGUGAAUGUUAUCAUUCAAAUUAAACUGUUAAUGACAAUUCCUUACAUAUAUCAUAAGGCCUUACUUUGAUGGCCGUGUUUUACCCCAACAUGUUGGUGUUAAGAACCUACUCCUAAAAAAAAUCUAGCUGCAGUAGAGCAUAAUGGGAAAUUAGAUAAUGAUGGGCAUAGUUUUGAUGAGAAUGUUUUAGUCUCCACAGAGUAAAACUGACACAAUCACACUCAACACUGGUUAUUAACACCAACACUGAGGAUAUUUUAGAGGGUUAAUUUAACUCCUGAAUCAACACUAGAAAUGUAACACUGAAAAAUCAACACUAGGUGUAGUGAAGAGCUAGCUACCUGGUGCUGAUCUGGAGACAGUAAACAGCUCAUGGCACUGUCUCAGAGUAAUUGUAACUGAUCACAAACUACCCUUUAGUGGUUUCUCCUUUCCCCAUGUAGAAUUUGGAUGGGCAUUUUGAGAACUGAUGUGAACCCAUCUCUCUCUCUCCUUCAGUGGCCACCAGCACCAGUGAGCACGACCUCCACUCCAACUGGGUCAUGCGGGUCCCACGGUGUCCCACAGAUGAGUCCAAGCUGAAGAAGCCGGCCCCAACCAGCGAAAGCAGCAGCAAGGCCAAGAAGAAGAACAGCGACAAAGGGACGACGAGCAGCCGACGACACCUACAGAGGAACCCCAUCCACCUGCCCAAAGUGGUGGAGAGUGCCUUCCAGACACUGCGCUUCAAGCCGAAACUCAAAAAGAAGGAGUAG